AUGGCUUGGCGUCUGGAGAUUGGGGACAAUUCUUUGUUGGUUAAUACUCUCAAACAAAGGUAUUUCAGACACGGUACUUUUCUGCAAUCUGAUUGUAAAAGGAGUGCUUCUUGGAUUUGGAAAAAUCUUAAUGCCACCAAACCCAUCAUCAAUUUGGGUUUAAGGUGGAGAAUUUGUGACGGACAGUCUGUUGAUAUUUGGUCUGACCCUUGGUUGCCGGGUAAUGCUCAUUCUAAAAUCUCUUCUAAGAGAGAUGGGUUAUCAAUCCAGAGGGUGUCAGAGUUGAUUAAUGCUCCGACUCAUAGUUGGAAGACGGAUGUUAUCAACACUAGUUUCAAUCUCCGUGAUAGAAGGAAGAUUUUGCAAGUCCCUAUCAGUUUGGCCCAGGCGAAAGAUAGGAAGUAUUGGGGUUGGACGAAGUCCGGGGUUUUCUCUGGCAAGAGUGCUUAUUUUGUGGCUUUACGGUACAUCAAGGGAUGUAAUGUCGCUAGGCAAGAGCGUGUUCCCCCAGAAACUGAGUGUAGUUAUUCCUCUCAUUUCUCUAACAUGUGGAAGGAUGUUUGGAAGAUUUUGGCUUUUAGGAAAGUUCAAUUCUUCUUGUGGCAGUGUUUACAUGAGAAGAUUUCUGUGAAUACCAACUUGAAAGUUAGAAGGAUGGUGAACAAUUCGGUAUGUACGAGAUCAAUUCUGGUUCUUUACCUUGGCCCAGACGAUUGCUCACUCGUGGAAAUUUGGAAAGAGAGUGGUGUUCUUCCGGAAUGCAGGGGUCUUGCCGCUUUCAUUUGUUGGCAUAUAUGGAAAAGUCGAAAUAUUUGGGGGUUUCAUUCAACAAAGAUUGAUCCCAAUGUAAUUCUCGAUAAGGCCUUGCAGGAUUUUUCUGAACAUAGGGAAGCUAAAAGUCUUAUGCACUUUUUGUCUCCCCAUCCCACUUCUGGAAUCACCUCUUGUAUUUCUUGGCAUCCUCCUCCUGAAGAUGUCACUAAGAUCAAUAUUGAUGCAUCUUUUAACCUGAAAACUAAGGAAAGCUGUGGGGCUUUGGUUAUGCGAAAUCACGAGGGUGUGUUGCACAGAAUUGACUCAAUUUAUUUCUCUCAUGUUCCUUCUGCUAUAGUGGCUGAAGGUUUAACGCUGCGUACGGCUCUUAAGGCAUGUUUGGAUUAG